UUGUUGGGUUGCUGUGGAGCACACAUACACCUAUUUUACAAAAUUUCCUUAAUUUGAAACCUUGCACAUCCAGCUCAAUGGAAACAUAAACGUUUGUAUAAAAACGAAAAUAUAUGUAACUGCUUGACUUUAACUGUGUUGACUAAAUUGGAAAAUGGGCGAAAACUCCUUACUCAAGCAAUUCUGCUGACUCAUGCGAACAAUUUAAUUAAAUGCAAAUUAAAAUGCUUUUAGGGAUAUUAAGAAAAGGCGACGACACAAAGUUCUCAAGGGCCUGUGAAAUAUUCGUCCUCUUAGUUUUAAGCACAUUUUCCAUUUUCAUUGCUCCGAAUUUUCAGGCUGCCAUAAUUAUUAAAGUGUUUUUUCAUUUUGCCAUUACACUGAAAACAUCAAGAGUUUUUAUAAUCCUUCAGCUUUGGGCUCAACAAUUUUUGCUUUCAGUGGUUUGUAAGUAAAAUUUCUGAUUUAACUAUUUUGUCAAGCGAUCAAAAGUAUGAACACAACAUUUAUGGAAAAUUGUUUUUUCGGCGGGGCGACAUAGUUGAUGUAAAUUCAAUGUUACCAUCCCAUGUCCAUAAUUUCUAUUGAAAUGGGCCUACAUUUUUAAUUAAAACCGUGAAAUGUCAACGGCUCUUUUUACUAAAUUAAUUUUGAAGAAGGGUAAACUACAUAAAGUAGCAAAUACACGUAGGUGCUUUCUCCUUCGCGUAAUUUGCAAAAAUGUAAUUGAGGCCAACAUUGCGUGGCAUGGUAUGUUUGUUUGUGGAUGCAUUUUACGCUGCUUUUCAUUAUUAUAAUGAUGCUUAUUAUUUUAAUGAAAGCUUUUAGUUUCACCUAAAGAGGUGGAAUGCCUGCGUGGAGUGGAACGGAAAUUCAUAAUCAAAAUAUGGCCGUCUACAGUCCCCGACAUACAAAAUGCAUUACUUCACAAACAGUAAUGACUCAGUAAGUUUACUAUAUGCCUUCUUGGCAACCACGUACAAUGAAUAAAAAACGAAUGCGAAUGUGCUAUCCAAGUUGUUUCAACUUUGAGAACCCAUUACUCUACUCCUUUUUUAAAGAAGUGGGAACAUAUGUUAAAGCUCAAGCAAAUUUGUGAUGAUGUACUUAUUUUAGCUACCUAAAAAUACAAAUAUGCACAUUAAAUGUAGAAUUUCAAUUAUAUGCACAUUGAAAGUCGAAUUUAAAUUGAAUAAAAGGGUUAAGGAAACGAAACUGUGAUCAAAAUCACGGUACUUUGAUGACUUAUCGUAGCUUUGUGAAUUUUUUUACAUGAUAUUGUGGCGCAUAAACCAACAGAUUCUUACAAACAUAUAGCUACAAAUCGGAGAAAAAAUAGGGUUUUUGCUAUAGCUACUUAAUUGUGCGCCUUAAUAUUGCACAUAUCACUACUUUAAGUAAUUUAGAAGGCCACACAACUAUCUUCAGGAAAAGAAACUACUCGUCGUGCACAUGUUCCCUUAUUAUCGUGAUUUUCACGACUUUUGGGAGAAUCGAGUUGGCAGCGCCUUUGGGAGUUUAGCUUUCAAUCUAAUUCUCCAGCUACAUGUUCGACAGUAGGUCAGUCAAAUAAUUGUUCUUGGCGAGUAAAGGCGUUUUGUUUAAAGUCUGAGGUUUAUUGUGAGCACAGCUACUCGAAUAUCAUAAACAUAUUAAGGCAACUUCUGCGUUUUUUGUUCGCCAACGUUUCACUGCGCCAAAUUGUUUAUCGAAGAGCUUAAUAAUCCCGAAGUCCGCUUUCCAUCGCCGUAAUCUCCUCAAGCACCAUGGCUGAUCUUAUGCGCUAUCCGCCGGAGCGCCACUAUGGCUUCCGCUGCCGGAACUGCUCGAAAUCCGAGUUCCUGGGCCGCCGCUACAGCUGCUGGUUCUGCGCGGACUAUCAUGUGUGCGGCGAAUGCUACGAUGCCAACCGGCUGCCGGAGGCGCCUCAGCAUCUGUACUACCAUCCGCUGAGCGUGUACUAUACCUACGCCGAGUACCAGUUGUACUUCGGCGGCGAGCCAUUCUACGGCGACCACAAAGUGGCCCAGAGCUACAAGUGCGCCCUGUGCGAUGAGCGCGGCCUGUCCACCGCCAACCUGUACAAGCACCUGCUGCAGUCGCAUCGCACCCACCGCGACCACAAGGCCUACCUGACAUUGGUCAAUGCCAUCUAUCUGGCGGACAGCACCAUGGGGCAAUCCCUGUUGCAGGCUUCCGGCCCAACGCCCUCGGUUCGAGCACCGAAUUCAGCAAGCGCUCGUGCGCCACCAGGUGGCAAUAGUUCGCGAAACGAACAGCGACCCCAGCAGCUCUUUGAGGCCGCCUUCAACCUGGCCAUGAUGGUUUUGCAGCUGGACACUAUGGAUUCCACAGCCAGCGACUUUCCCGAUCGCUGCCAUGAGAUACUGCAGCAGUCGGAAGCUCUGCUUGUCCAGCACAGCAACUCCAGAUUGCCGGACAUUGAGGCAAUUGAGUCGUACGUUCGCGUCAUCGAAGAUCAGGUGGUGGCUAGCAUGGCCGAUCGUCGGCGUCGUCUCGGCGGCUCAUCCGGAUCUCAUCGGCCGGUCCGCUUCGGUGCAAUCGGUUCUGCUUCCAAUGCAGCACCAGCUAUUGGGAUGCGUGCUGCCACGCCCGUUUUGGUUGACCGGCAGACGGCAAUGCCACGCAGACAGACGACUAGGCGUACUGGAGAGCCCCUCGGGAUGGUCCUUCAAUCGGCGGUGGCUGCGGCUUCAGGCAGCGGUAAGGCGGGAUCUGUGGUAGCCAAGCACAGGCAGGUUUCGACGCAAGUGAAGACGCAAGGAUGUCAGGCAACCAAGAAGAUUCCCGCAGUCAUUGUUUCGCCCCUCAAGGAUAAGCGCUUUCUGUGCGCGAAAUUACUGGGGGAUGAAAAGGCAAAGGGCCAAAAGUGGGAAACCAACUCGCUUAAAGCCAGUUUUAUCGAGGCCAUAUUCUGCUCCAUGCUGGCGGACGAAGAGCUAAUCCGGCUGCCCAGUGGUCUGCCCUGGCCAGUGAAUUUCUUGACGGUCACACAAGGGAUGUCCAAUGCAGUGGAGCCGUCAGGCAAUUUAAAACCAAAUGGCGAAGUACUGCUGUACCCCGUCAAACCCGUGGAGUUGAUGGAAAAAUUCUACAGGGGUUUCGCUAACUACAAAACUUGGAUGGGUAACCAGAACGUCCCAGCGGAAAUGACAGCCGAUAGGAGGGCAAUUGAAGGGUCUGUCGAGGGCAGCAGCUCGCCUGAUUUGAACGAUAUUCCCUAUGCUGAUUCCGGCUCGGAUGAUUUGGAAAGUGGUAAUAGUAAUCAGUCUGUGAAUGAAGCGGUCGAUGCUUCUGGUGCACCAGAGGAAAAGGCCAGCGAAUUGCCUGUCGAAGAAAAUGAUGAGGAUUUAGACGGAUUGGAGGAGGAAGAGGAGAGCUGCGAGGAUGAAAACGGUGACGAGGGCGAGGAAGCUUCGGGUUCCGAAUUCUCAGAGUCGGCUGUCAUGGCCGGCGGCCUUAUAGACAUGGUCAUGCAGGAGGAAUAGAAAGACAUCCAGGCAUCACUUGUAGAAAAUAUGUCUCGGUAUUUUCAUAAUUGCAAAUGUUGAAUUUUAGAAUAAACCAUAUGACCAUA